AUGUCUGAUCUGCCCAUUCCGGAUUGGCCGGAUGUCUUGACAGCCUCCUUCCUCUCUACGCCCGACGACACGACAGACACGUUAGAUCCUCGCUCUCUUCUUCCUGAUGAUCAGUUUGUGAAUAAUGCUCCUUUAUACCGUAGUGGCAGCAAUGGCAACCCUUGCAUUGACUCCAACGCCCUCUUUUCUGAUCCCCUGCUCUAUGAAGAUUCUUCUUUCCCAUUUGAAAUUGACAUGCAUUUCCCGGCCCAAUUCCAGAGACAACAACCAACCAACCAAAUGCCGCCAUUCCAUGCAACUAGCUGCAUCGGUCUCCAGAACAUAUCCCAGGGGUGUGGCUUUCUCAGUGAAAACCUGCAGUCGGAGGCGGCGCCUGGGACCGUUAGUUCCAUCAAUACAUAUCAUCCUACGAAGCCCGCCAUUCACGAAUCCCUGACGAGCGAUCAGAAAAAAUCCACUGUGGCACCCAAUGGACCUGCCCCUCCUGCUAAGAAGACGAGAAAAAGGCACGUAUCCAUUCGCUCUCGACUCUCCAGUGUCAAUCAAUUGAAGCUUUAA